AUGAAGAAAGAGAUUACAGAUUGCAAUAAACUUCCUAAUAAGGAGAUGAAUAAUUUCCGGUUAAUGACUCAGUUAAUAGAAUUGAAAAAACAUAAAAAAGCAUAUAAGAUAUGUGAACAGAUAUUAAAAAAAUAUCCAAAGAAUGGUGAAACAUUAGCAGUGAAGGGAUAUUUACUUAAUUUAAUGGAUGAAAAAAAUAAAGUUGAAGCAUUUAAAUUAAUAAAAGAAGGAAUAAUAAAUAACUUAUCCAGUAGUUUUUGUUGGUAUUUAUAUGGGUGUUUAUAUAAAACAUAUAAAAAUUACGAUGAAGCUUUAAAAUGUUAUAUGAAAUCUCUCCAGUUAAAUAAAUAUGAUUAUAAAGCUUUGAAAGAGACUUGCAUACUACUAUUAUAUUUACAACGGUAUGAACAAUUUAAAGAUAUACGUGUUGAUAUAUAUAAUGAUACAUCAAAAUCUGUAAGGGAUAAAUCCAUUUUAAUUUUUUCAUUUCAUUUAUUAAAGCAAUAUGAAAAAUGUCUUAUUAUUAUAAAACAAGUAGAAAAAGAUUUAUUAAAUGAUUCUGAAGUAACAAAUAAUGAAAAGCAUGAUAUCUUAACAUACAUGGCAGAGAUACUAUUAGAAGGCAAAAUGUACAAAGAGUGUUUAUCUUUUUUAAAAACGUAUGAAAAGGAGUUCAAGGAUAUGCUUUGGUAUAAUCAAAUUGUAGCAUUAGGAUAUUUGUAUGAAAAUAAUUUCUAUCAAGCAAAUUUAUUUUUCAAAAAAGCCUUUUCCCUUAAUUAUGAAAAUUUAAAUAUAUUACUGCUUAUAUUAUAUACGGAAAAUGACUAUUAUGUUAGCGAUGCGGGGGUAAUUGGAUCCAGUGCCAGAGCAGUUCACUCUGCAGAUUACAAGGUCGAAGGGAUGCACAAACAUAAUGAGUCGUUGAGCAAGGGAAGUGCACCUUUAAACAAACAAGAUACGCCGCUGUCGGAGCGCCAUAAAAGGGGAAAAGCCCUAUCUAGCCUAUUUUACCUUGAUUAUAAGGACGAGCACAAAAUGAAUGAAAAGUUAAAUGUAGAUAAAGACGUGAAAGUCCUCUUGCAUGAAUUCAUUUUAGAUAUAUAUGGAUCGAACAGAAACUUAAAGCUUCUAACAAAAGUGGAAAAAAAUAUACUUAAUGAUUAUAUAUGCUAUAAUUUAGAUAUGAAGAAAUAUGACAUAUAUACUAUAUCGGAGUUUUACAAUUUUAUAAAUUUAAAUAUAAUAAACGAAAAUCAUUUUAAGGAAGGUUUGGAUUCGGAAAACAUGGACAGUUUUAUUAACACGUUAAGGGAAAAUGUAAAGGAGGAAACAAAUAAAAAAAAUGUAUCAUCAUCAUUAGAUGUUUACUCAUACAACAAUAUUCACUGGUGUGAACAUUUUGGAGUGGAUUUGUUAUAUAACCAUAAAAGAAGAUUUGAAAAAUGUAUGAACAGUUUACAUUUUUAUAAAGUUAAAAAUUUAAAUAAAGAAGAGGAAGAACUAUUUGAAAAGUAUUUUACGAGUAUACAAAAAAUAUAUAGAAAUUCAAAUUUGGUAAAAAUAUUUCCUUUAUAUUUUUAUAAUGAGGAGAAAUUCGCUUAUCACGCAGAAAAGAUAUUGCGCACUUUGUGUUUUCAAAAAUGCUUAACAGUGUUUAGUUACUUUAAGCCGUUGUUUACAUAUAAAAAUAUUAAAAUUAUGCUUUUCCUGUUACAUAAGUAUGUGGAGCACUACGAUCAGAUAAAGCAGGUGUGUGCUUUUGAGGAGUUGGAGAAAGAGGCAGAAAUGGAUGGGGGGAAAUAUGAAGAGAAAGAAGAGAAGGAGGGAGACCACUACGAUAAUAGAUGCAACUUAUCGAGUAACAGUGUAGGGGAAAAAUAUGACAAGGAAGAACGAUUGAACCAAGAGAAAAAUAACGAAGCGUAUGAUAAUUUUGAAAAAAGAGAAUUCAUAGUUGAAGAGAAUGAAAAUAAUCAUGUAGAUGCACAAGAGACAAAUGAAAGGACUACCAGCACAGAUAGGUGUAAUCAAUCCAGAAUUGAAUGUAACAAUAAUGAUUAUAUGAAUAAGGGAAGAAAUGAAAAUAUUGAUAAUAUGGAAGUAGACCAAAUUUGUAGCAACCCGAAUAAUAAACGAAUGGAAAAUGUUUUAGAAGAUAAUGAAGAAAUAAAAGGGAUCAUAGGAAUGUCAACACCACUGGGAAUGGAAAAAUCAAAAAAAUUAGACAGAGGAGAGGAUGAAAAAAAAAAUUGUAACAAUGAUAAAAAAAAGAAAGAAAUAAAACUUGAUUUAAAAAAAAAAAUUUUAACAAAGGAAGAAAAAAACGAAUAUUUUAUUUUAUGCAUUUAUUCAUUUAUUAGUCAGAUAUAUGAUUAUAUUAAUUGUACAGAAGAAGCUUUAACACUUAUUGAUAAAUGUAUUAAUAUUAUUAGGUAUAAAAUAAAUGAGCCUUUAAAAUAUGAAUUAAUUUUUAUUAAAGGUUUAAUAUAUAAAAGGAAUGGAAAUUAUUUAGAAGCAUAUAAACUUUUAGAAAAUUGUAGAAAUUUUAAUAUUGCUGAUAGGUAUAUUAAUUCUAAAACUAUAAAGACCUGCGUGAAAUGCGGAUUAGUAAAAGAUGCAAGAAAAAUGGCAUCUAUCUUUACAAACCCUCUGGACAAUAAUUUUAUAAAAAAUAUAUAUGAUACUCACUGCUUCUGGUUGGAAUAUAGCAUAGCACAGGGAUAUAUGAACAGACAUCCCAAUAUACACGUGCACAAGUACUUGCUUGUAGGGUCUGAUAAUAUCUACCACUUUGAAGGAGACUCGAAUGAAGACGCAGGCGGUGGUGAAGGUAUCGAUACAGGUUCUGAUGUAGAUACUCAUUUGAAUGUACAUGCAGAUAAGCAUACUGACCGAGAAAGUUGCAGUAAGGAGAGCAAUAGCAAUGUCAAAAGCAGUAGCCACCAAAAUAGCAUGCCUGACAACCGUAGUCAAUUUAACAGAAGCGAAAGAAAGAAGAAGAGGAAUGUUGACAUUCAAAAGUUUAGCUUAAAAAAAAGUAUAUUGCUUGAUAACGACUUACUUUCAAAAAAUGAAUUUAAUGAUUAUAGUAAAGGAUUACAUCUUCUACACUUAGGGCAUAAACAGUUUGUAGAAAUUCAUGAAGAUCAAAUUUGCUUUUAUUAUUACACUCUGAGAAAAAUGUUAUAUAGAUCGUACAGACAUAUAUUAUUUAUGACUAGUCAGAUUUUUUCAAGUAGAUUUUAUAGAAAAUUUGGAAAAUUUUUAAUAAAAACUUUGUUACAUAUGUAUGAUUAUAGUAUUUGUGAUAAAAAUGAUAAUAAUAAAAGUAACAAAAAAAAAAAUAAAGAUACUAACCCUAAUCAAGAAGAUAAUGAAUAUUAUGAGCAUAUUAGAAAGGAUCCAUUGGAAAACGCAAUGAUAUACAUGAACACGUUUCUGUCCCAGCCCAAUGUCGAUGUGUCCGUGCAUACGUUGCACUACGAGAUUGAGAAGAGAACGAGCAAGGACCAUCUAAAAAUGAUAGAUAUUAUUUUAAAAAUAAAGUCCAUAUUUCCGUACCAUAACUACAAUUACAAAAUGGCUACUUUGAUUUCACAUUUUCUGUGCACAGUCUCCUUCGAUAACCCACAUGAGGAAAGAAAUAAAGAAAUUACGAACAAGUUGAAUAAACUUUUAGGCCUAAAUUAUUCAUUAUACAAUGAAGAAUUGUUGAAACAAGUUAGAAAACAGUAUAUGGAGGACUUUGUAAAAUUUUUUAAUGAGUAUAAAAAGGGAGAUUUGCGUUAUUAUCAGUCAGUUUUAGAAAUGCACAUGGACAAUGAAGAAAAAAUAGACGAAAGGAUUUUAGGAAAUAUCAGUAUGACCCCGAAGAAAAACAAAAUGGGAAGAUGUUUUAAAUUUUUAAAAUUUUUAAUUAACAGCAGAAAGAAGCAUUCUGAAUUGGUUACUGUUAUAGAUCAUUUCAAGGGAGGUGUUCCCGUUAGCAACAGCUUUUCAGUGAGGCCAGAAAAACGAAAAAAAUAA